CUCGGCUACGAAAUUAUUUUGACUUACAAUGGUUCAUAAAUAUUAAAAAACGUCAGACAUUUUGAUGAUUAUUCAUCGAGACUCAAAAGAUUUUGUUUGUGAUUGAUUUUUAACUGAUUAAUUUAUAUUUAUUAAAUUGUUUUCGUCGUUGUUUACAUUGUUGUUUACAAACAAUUGCGUACGGUCAGUGACUUGGUGCGACCUUGAGACUCGUGUAAAUAGUGUAGUGAUUAGUGACUUUCUUUGAUAAGAAACAUAAAUCUCAUUACUAGUAUUGAAUUAAACAUUAUAACACACCUAUCUUUGAAUAGAAAACUUAGACACAAGGUAAUCUUUGUUAAUGAUAUAAUAAUUAUUGCCACGUGACUUUUUUGCAAAAUAUUGGUGGAAUUGUUUUAAAAUAUUCUCAAAUGAAAUAAAAAUUCAAAUUUCAACCCAUUGAGCAAAUUUCGGAACCCUUCAAAAUGCAGUAGUAAACGACAGUAAAGUAAUAACUACAGACUCUUCAAUGGUAUUUAUGCAAAUAAAACUAGAAGAUAAUCGUUAAUUCAUAACUUUAAAUAAUUUAAAACAAACAUUAAGUAAGGUGUACUGCUUUUAAAAGAGGGAAUCAAAUCAAUCAAAUUGGAUUCUAGAGGUUCCAGUUACCCCCAUCGGGGGGAGACAAAGAAAGGACCAAAAACACUACUCGUCCACCCGUUUGAGCAGAAACAGACCAGUAAAAAAUACCUGCUAGCGACACCUACGGACUUAAAACGAAAACCUCUCUUGGAGCUGCCAAAAGAUUCGAAGAAACCAAAGCUCUACCAAGAAACAGACGAUGAUGUAAUUGAAAUGAAAACAUCAGAAACUCAAAGUGAGGAAAGUGUACCAAAGUGUCAGCCGUGUCACCACUGCUGUUGUAAAAGUGAAGUGGCUGAGGUAAAGUGCAAGUGUGAGACUGUAAAGGUGAUCUUCGCGCCAGCGAUGAUGCCUUCGCUGUACAACCCGAUGCCAGGAAUGCCGUAUAUUCUAAAACAGCCCGUCAAAAUUUGUGAUAAGAUUCCCGCUUCCGUUUCCAUGGUGACCGUGCCUGUUCCCAGUGCUUCAAACAACGAUUGCCCGGGCGUCGUUAAAGGAAAAGACACAGCGACGAUGACGACAAUGACCAACGCCGGGCCCAUCCCGGUCGCAGCGGCCACCAAGUUGGAGCCCAAAUUGCUGCAGCUGCCACAUCCGGCGCUGAUGCAGCAGCAACCACAACAGCAUCAUCAUCAGCACCAGCACGGGAAUAUUAAUAAGCUUGAGCACUACCACAUUUUCGUCGGAGACCUGAGUCCAGAGAUAGAGACGCAGAGCUUAAGAGACGCCUUCGCACCCUUUGGAGAAAUAUCUGACUGCAGAGUGGUGAGAGAUCCACAGACGCUGAAAUCUAAAGGAUAUGGAUUCGUUUCCUUUCUUAAAAAAUCCGAAGCGGAGUCGGCGAUAACAGCAAUGAAUGGCCAAUGGCUAGGUUCGCGGUCAAUCCGGACGAACUGGGCGACCAGAAAACCGCCAGCGCCCAAGAACGAAUUGAACUCAAAACCGCUAACAUUCGACGAGGUGUACAACCAGAGCUCUCCAACAAAUUGCACGGUCUAUUGCGGCGGUCUCACCACCGGGCUUUCGGAGGAACUGAUCCAGAAAACGUUCCAGCCCUUCGGCACCAUACAGGAGAUAAGAGUCUUCAAAGAUAAGGGAUACGCGUUUAUUAGAUUCUCGACGAAGGAGAGUGCGACCCAUGCCAUAGUGGCAGUUCACAACACCGACAUCAACGGACAGCCAGUUAAAUGCUCUUGGGGGAAGGAGUCUGGGGACCCCAACAACGCACAGCCACAGGGCCAGCUGAGCGGUACAGCGUACAGCCCAUUCGGCGCGUACCCUGGGGGCGUGCCGUCGUACUGGUACAACACUUACCCGCAACAACUCGGGGGCUUCCUUCAAGGAAUGCAAGGGGUGCAGGGGUACUCCUAUGGACAGUUUGCGGGAUACCAGCAGCAGUAUAUGGGUGUUCCUCCUUCUAGCAUGGGGGGCGUGCAGCUCCCUUGGGCACUAGGGGGUGGAGUAGGGGGAGUGGGUGGAGUGGCCGCCAUGUCUCAGCCGCCGCAGCUGCUGCACUAUCCCGUGCAGCACUUCCAAGUACAGCCGAUCGCCGAGGAGGAGUGGUUAGCCCCGAGUUUGUUGGUGUGAGGACACCGCGCGCCCCCGCCGCCUGACCCUUGCUGCUGCCAGCUCAAGGAGUGGCUCUAGCUCACUCCCUCACCUCACUUCUACUUCACUCCCAAAGCGGCACCAUGCCGAUGAUAGUUGGCCAUCGCCCCAAUACUAGCGACUUCAUUUCUUUCUUUCUUCAAGUUAUUUCCAGAAAGAGAUUUGCUUUACAUAAGCCUAAGGUGUCAACUUAAUCGGAGCUUUGUCCCUCUAAAGUGCAAACUAAAUUGAGACCUUACCGUCACGUCGAACGCUAUCUUAUUGCUAAGUACUACUUAAGUAGGUAUAUAUUUCUUACGAUUCAUUGUGCACGUUGACGCUUUGGGAACGAAACACUAUAUGUUUGAAUCUAUAAAUUUCCAACAGCUGAUUUUAUUUUGGGAAUUUCUAGACGCGUUCCGUUUAAGCUGAAAUGUCGUCCUGAAGCAGUGGGUCGCGGCUGAGGCGGCGUCGAAUGAAUAUGAACAAUGUGAGUCAGUCGAGCAAAUUAUUUCUGUAACCGCUUAUGAUCGCAUGGAAAUGCAUUUAUGAUAAAAGAUGAAUACUUUUUAGAGAAUAUAUAGUUAUUUAAUGUAAGCGUAUUGUAAGGUAGGUUAACCGUACCACGCGGGCCAAAAUGGUUGCGACGAGAAAUUUUUGCUGGUUUAUAAUAAAGAUACCGAACCACCGUGCACAAGUAUAUUAAGAUUAGUGGAAAAUGUAGAUUUUUGGAAAAAUGUUUAAUAGAACUAGAUGGUACGCGAGAGUGAGAAAGUUUUUUAAGAUUUUAUAUCUGGUCGGAGAUAGGAAAGUAAUAUUAUUGAAUAGAAUCUAUACGACUGGACGCCUCUGUGGCCGCAUCGACCGACGCCUCCUCUCUCUUUACCUCCGCUGACGAUUAGUUCAGAUCUGGACUUAGCAAAAGUACGUCGCUAUCAUCCGAGCAGAUUACGAAUUGCAGAUGCUCCACAAAAGCGUCCAGUAAUAAUAAUAUAGAUUUUUCUCUGGACGUCAAUAUUGCCAAAUUCAUAACAAUUCAACUUAUAUAAUAAAAAAAGGUUGUGUAUUUAAUAUAAAGGACACAUGGAACUACAAACAUGACGAAAUAGAAAAAAGUGUAGAGAAAAUAGAUUAUUUAUAAGAAAGAUAUAUAUUUAUUAUAGGAUAUAAGGUAUAUAAUCAUUUACUGUAGGUUGAGUGGUCGAUGGUAUUUCGACUUAAAACUUUUUGCUCUUUAUUUCAUGUAUGCGUCUUCGUUUAUUUCGCGAGGCUGGCGAAUGUCGGUAGAGUUGAAGAUCAAACCCAAAAUUUUCCUCUUUGUAUAAUAAUACUAAACGAACAUAGCUGUUUUUAAGGGUUUUUUGCUCAACACAUCACCCCAAGGCCCAUUUAAUGCAGAAUCUAUAUGAAAACGUAACAUAUAAAAUAAACGAUUAUACAGGCAAUAGAAAGAAAAUAUUCUUCUUUUAUUCGCAUAAACACUUCCUGCGUGUGUUAAACUCUGCCGAUCAUCCGUCAAAGUCUAGCGUAGCGACAUCUACGUGAUACCAUCUUUUUUGAAACUUUUUAACGAGACACUCUCUGUCUACGAUAUUUUGUAAAAAAAAUGUAUUUUAUAUAUUAUAUUGUCGGUGUUGAUUUACGUAGAUUUGUUUCUAUUGAUGUUAUUUUUAUCGACGUGCAAAUAAUUUACAAUUAUAGCAAAUUGACUUACAACAAAUGGCGCGAUAAUACAAAUGCAAUGCAAUGACAGUGAUAAUAGAUAAAGAGAACUUGUGAUUUCCAAUUUCCAAUAAUUGUAAAUGAAUGCACGUGGAACCUUACGCAUGUAGUCGAAUCUUGUGAGACAUAUCGCUAGAGAUCUAUAUUAAGAUUAUUAACAUAAGUUCGUGAGUUAAGUAACGAAUCGUUUAAGUCAAUUUCAUCGUCAAUCUAUGACGUGGCAUUAUUUUGACGUGAAACGGAGCAUUUUGAUGACGCCACGACUUUUAUCUCAGCCAAAGGGUCUUUGGAAGUUGCUUAAAAUGCUGCUUUCUUUAAAAGAUAGCAUCAGAUCUACAGCAAUUUGGAGCAGGUCCUUAUAUGACCGGGGUGUGUUGAGGAUGAAAGGAUAUCCGUCGUGGCUGCUCCUCGAUCGCGUCAAGGCAGUUAUAUAAAGCAGAUAUAUCAGUUAGAUAGACAAAUUUAGCUAUAACUACAUAUACAAUUAGCGUACAUUUGCCUAUAAUCGCUUUCCGGUAGCAUAGAGUUGUAUAUCCGUAUGUAAGCUAGACUAGUGCUGAGUCGUGGCUUUGUCCACUGACGUUGCCUUUCUUACGCUGUCUCUUCCCUCGAGGUACGAUAAAUAAGGCUUACUUUACGGUAGUUAAGAAUCGAAGUAUAUAACGUGUUAGCUAGGUAAAUUUCAAUAUAAAGUAUAUAUAUAUACAAAUAUGGAUUUUAUCGUCUAGAUAGGCUAUGAAAUUUGUGUGUUUGUUUACGUUGCUUUAUUGUGUUGGUCCAGUGUUAAGAUAAUUUUAAGUCCCAAAGAACACCAAAUAUAUUGUAAUCCUUGUAAUAUAAAGUAGACUGGCGAUAGUACUUAAUGUCUCACGCACUCUCUUUUGGGUUCUGUUGGAAAUUAUACAUUCAUACAAUUGACUUCAGUCUUCGAGGAAGGAAAAGCUUUUUUUAUUCUAUGAAUCAAUCCCGACACGUCUAUCAAAAUGUUGUUGUAAUUAUCGGUGAGAAUUAUAAGACACCUUUUAGUAAGAAUAAAUUUUAGUUUAUACUUCACUAGUUCAAAGUAGUAAAAUAAUAGCGAAACAACAGUUCGGUAAUAUAAUUGAUGCAUAAUUUCUAUGUAGUGAAUGUAUAAUUUCUAAUACACAACGUGCCAAACUGUUCGUUUGAGUCCUUCGUACCGUCUAACCGAGUGAAAGAUAACACCAAGAUAUAAUCUCGUAGAGAUUAUAGAUUUUAUAUUUCAUGGUCUUGAAUACACAGAAAACCACUAAACAGUCACAAUGAUGCUAACAACAAUCCUUCUUUAAAAUAUCCAUAUGAGUCGAUCACGUUUCAAUAGUUCCGCAAUCUCUAAGGUGCCUUGUAAAAGAGCCAUAUAUGGUAAAAGUAUGAAAAAUCCAUUAUUUAAACGAUCAUACUUGAUAACGGAUGAUGCUUCAUGUCUUUUCAUACGUAUUCAAGGUCGUGAAAUCACUAAAUGUUCGUAUCGUAUCUCAAUGUGUUUAUUUCCUUAAAUACUAGUGUUUUUUGUUUUAGAAAAUGCUAGAAUCGAUGUUCUGUGUUCAUUCGUAGAUUCACUGAUCUCGAAAUAUUGCUGAUUCCAUAAAACUACAUUAAACAGUUUUUUUAAAUACUCUUAUGAGAAGAAUAAACUUAUUCAAUAUUGGUAAUCAGUUUUUUGAGUUAUAACAGAAUACGGAUUACUGUAAAAUUUACUUACAUUUUUUUAAUAAGAUAUUUGUAAUUUGUAACCUAUUUAUUUUAAAGGCAAAGAAGUCAGCAAACAAAAGAGGUCAGUGAAAAGUCGCGUGCUUAGAAAAUUUCGGUACUCGAAAAAAAGAUAUUUUUUGAAACGUAUAAUAGCCUCUAGGCUGUUUUAUAAUUCUGUUUUUACUUAAUUUUGUAUAGUUAGAUGUCCUUCGAGUUUCAUGAUAUCACAUAUAAGCUCUCUUUGUAAAAAAAUAAUGUUAACAAAUAGGUACUUUUAUUACCAACGAAUAAUAAUUGUGUCAUGGAUAGCAAGGCUAAAAGUGUCUACAACUUGCAAAAUAAACUUCUGAACUACUUUUCUAGUUUAUGAUGCAGAAGAUCAAUAUUUAAUAAAAAUAAAAAUGACUAAUUGAGAACAGCAUAUUAAGACAAAAAUGUAGGUACUCUCAUAAUACGGUGAUUAACAUAAAAAUUACAUGAAUAUAAAAAAACUUCCACUUUACGUUAAUUAAUAAAUGUGUUCAUAAUCGGCUUUAUAUGUAAUAUCAUGAAUACGGUAUCGUCUCAUUGUUUAGUCUUAACUCUUCCGGUAUUUUUAGUUAAAGUUAAGACUUGGAAAAAUACUAGACAUCAUUAAAAAUAGUUAAUAGAUCUCAUGAGUGCAUAAGUUUGUCGAACGAAGGCUGAAGACGAAAGCUGCUACAGCGGAUUCGGCUGAGCUUGAAACUGGCUCUCUUCACGAUUCUAUCUGAAUGAACGAAAUAUCAAUGAGAUAUUUGAUUAAUUUAAUUUUAGAAUAAAAGCCACACCUUUGUAAGACCAAUGUCAUUAAAAUUAAUUAUAACAUAGAAAUAAUAUAUGUUAUUGUCUUAACUUUCACUAAAAACUACUGAACGUAACACAGCAAUAAUAAUGCAAUAGAUGUUGUAGUGUUUUUAGUUUUCGUACCGCUAGUAUGGAGUUUACGAUUGAUAUUUAUGACUUGGCAAAUCUGUGCGAUACGCAAAGCAUGCAAAAGAGUUUAUGAAUCACUUUCAUUGAGUGUAUAUUCAACUUAUAUGUGAUGCAAUAAAUUAACGAUAUCAUUCGUAGUAUACGUAAAACUUUGGCAUAUUAAUAUAAAAUUACGAAGUUUGUCCAAAUUGUAAAGUACAAUAAUCCUUCCUAUAACACGGUACAUAUUCUCGCAUAACGCGCUUGUAUACCCCCAUAUAACGCGUUAUGUACAAAUGAUUGAAGUUUAACUUAUCUCGUUAAGGGGAUAUAAAUCGAAUAUUAAGAAAAAACUAUGUUUUAAACGAAAUAUGUGCGUACAGUUCUUUAUAAAUGUCACAGUACAGAAAUAUAUCGUGUACAAUCCCCGCGUUAUAUGGGUGAAUGAAAUGAAAAUGCGUUAUAAGUUGUGUUAUAACGGGAUUUACUGUACAUUUGUUUGUAUAGCUACAGACUCAGGUUGGGUGGACCAACCUAUGGAGAAAACGAAAAUGUUUUCUCCCGUUUGCUUACUGUUUUUAGUUCAUAUCAGUCUCAGAGAAUUAAAACUUAAGUGAAGCAAUAAGCAAACCAGUAUCGACAUUUGCCAAGUUAUAUCUUCAAUCCUUUUCUUUUGUGUGUUGAUAGAGGAUAAAAGAAUUGGAGGCGAUUGAAGCAGAUUUUGUUGUUCCUAUUUCCCUUCCCUUCGUUUCUACCGUCCAUGGAUGUUGUCUUUAGCAUCAUAAUGCAAUAGUAUGCCUUUUGUUUAUAUUAUAACUUGUUCUUACAUGAUAUAUUGUCCACGAUUGCUUGAUCGUCAAGUCGACGUUAAAAUGCGUACUAUUGCACUAUGCAUUAUCAUUUUGCCGUUUGUUUAAACUAAACGCACAUAGUCUCUGAGCUUUUUCGUUUCAAAUGAAAUGUAUGUGAUCUUCGAACUUAAAUGAAAAUUCUGCGACCAUGAACGUGUUAGUGAAAAGUAAAAAUCCUCUUUUGAAAUUUUAUUACGCCUAUACUUAUAUCGACUUUUGUGAUCUACUUAAGAGAUGCUAUUUCUGUGACAGCAUGUGGCGAAUGAUGAAUUGGUUGGAACCAGGCAUACCUUAACUGGAAGUAAUGCUGUUUUCUUGAACAUAAUUUGAUCUUUCGACGUUUCCUUUCGAGUUUCAGCCAUUUUAUCGUUCGAAACUCAAUGCUACGGUCGGCAAUUACAGUAGACAGUGAAAACCGACUCUAGGAUAAAAGUUAAUUUAUUUUUUUACCCCGUUAAGUAUUUUUUGGUUCCCGUAUUAAUUAGACAUUAGUAUAAUGUAGGCGAUUAAGUUAGUCGUAAGUUUUGCUUGUUUUUUGUUGAAAAUGUUAACCUGUUUAUGUUUUCAAAAAACAUUUAUUUUUAUGAGUUUUGGGAGGAAUCUGUAUUUUUGGCCACAAUACGCCGACGAAUAUCUGUUCCCUCCAAAAUUUGAAGUUUGUUAUGUUUGACGUUAUGGAGCGACGAACCUUUGACAAUUUGCUUUAAACGCAAUUCUUUGUCUUCUCAUGAUUUAAAUCAAAAUGUCAAAAGUACGAAUUUUCGCCUGUUUAUGUAACGAAACGGCGUUAUGAUUAAAUAUUACAAUUUAUUCAUAUUAUUUUUAAUAAUUAAAAACAAUAUUCAACUCGGCCCCUUGGCCCAGAAGCAUCACAGAUUUAAAGUACCAUAGGACUGAGUUUUCGUUCUAGUUAAUGCCAAAAUAGCAUUCGAGAAAUCAUUUAAGUCUCGCCUUUGUCGGGGUCUGAUAAGUUGUGUACUUUAUAGUGGACUGAAGGGCGUGGCUUGUGACAUUCAAAGUAUUUUUAAUUAUAACGCCCGUUAUGUAAUAGGUUAUGUAUUACACCGUACCUACAUAGUAUAAUAUAGAUAAUAUAGUAUAAGCUGACUUGGUUAAAGUCA